GGAAGUUACAAGGAAUCACCUCCUGUUGCACUUGCUGGAGAGGCGUGCAACGCACAGAUUUAAAGAAACUCCCCGUUCUUGACGGUGCCGGCUGCGAAAUUCUUAAAAAACCGAUCUUCGAGGCCGCCAUUGUCACAGAAAUCGCCAUUGUGGAGUUUCGACUUCCACACGCAAGCAAAACCCGGUACUCCUCCUUUCUACAUCAGUAGUUAUUCUGUGAGCCAACUAUGUCCACAAAAUUUCCCGGAAAAAACCGCCACUGGGGGCCCCACAUUUUAGCACCCGGAAUUGUUCCAAUUUACGAAAUUUGCCACCGGCUUGUUAUGGUAUUGCGGCGAUUUUAGGCAUUUGCAAUUACUGGGUCGAUGGUCGUCGGAGAUGGUGACCGGAAAACGUCACGCCGUCCCAGUUUCACUCUGUUUUCUGUUCCUUUUUAUACCUCUUGGUGUGUUCUCUCUCCGUACACUUUCCCCUGACCCAUGCGAUCCUGCGAACCAGCGAGACACACGGACUCUGAGAUCUGAUCAGCUCACCGUCCUCAUAAACGGCUACUCGGAGUCGCGCAUCCCAAUUCUCCAAUCAAUCGCUGCUACCUACUCCGGCUGCCCGUCUGUAUCCUCUGUGCUCGUCCUAUGGGGAAACCCAUCCACCACAACCCGCACCCUGACCCAAUUGGCCCACAAUCUCUCUAUCUCCUCCUUCGGUAACGCCGCCAUUUCCCUGAUCCGCGAAUCCACCAGCAGCCUCAACACUAGAUUCCUCCCCAGAGCAUCAAUUGAAACCCGUGCCGUUCUCAUCUGCGACGAUGACGUCGAAGUAGACCCAAAGUCAGUGGAUUUCGCCUUCAGAAUAUGGAGGUCGAAUCCAGACCGUCUGAUCGGGCUUUUCGCGAGAUCACACGACGUCGAUUUACAACAGAGAGAAUGGAUUUACACGGUGCACCCAGACAAGUACUCGAUCGUGCUGACCAAAUUCAUGAUGAUGAAGACGGAGUACCUCCAGAAGUACAGCUGCGGCGGCGGGGAGGCGAUGGAUGAAAUGCGGCGGAUUGUCGACGAGAUGCGUAAUUGCGAGGACAUACUGAUGAACUUCGUGGUGGCGGACGAGACGAAUGCGGGGCCGGUAAUGGUGGGGGCAGAGAGAGUGAGGGAUUGGGGAGAUGCUCGGAAUGAUGAAGAUAGUGGCGGUAGUGAUGGAGGGAAGAGAUUGAACAGCAGGGUAACGGAGGCGGGGCUGAGUAGCAGGAGAGCGGAGCACAGGAAGAGGAGGGGGAAUUGCAUACGGGAGUUCCACAGGGUGUUGGGGAGGAUGCCAUUGAGGUACAGUUACGGGAAGGUAGUUAAUUCAGUUGGGGAGCAAGGAUUGUGCAAUAAAGGUGGGAAAUUGGUGUUCUGUGAUGAAUAAUUAAGUUGCUGCAAUUGCAAUGCUGAAUCCAUAGCUUAGAUAGUAGCAGUAAUUUUGUUUUAAUCUUGUGAAAUUAUAGACUCAAUUAUCAAUGGAAAUGAAAGUAUUGAACUGUACAUUAUUGAAUUGCUCCAUAUGAUUACUCUUAUUUUCUAUGUUAAAUCAUAUAGGGAAAGAAAGGCAUUGUACAGUUCAAACCAUUGCAUAGAGUUGAAUAGGGCAGAAGUCUAAUAUUGAGUGCUAUCCCUCUGUAAUAUUUCAGGAUGGUGCAUACUGUAAAACAAGGAAAUGAACUCAUAUUGUAGUGCAUCAAAUAUUUCAUUGGAGUGAAUCCUGUAAAACAUGGAAAUGAACUCAUAUUGUAACAAUGUUUUUGGUGCGGUCCAAACUGCGAAAAAUUCAUAUUGUUUGAAGUUAACUCAAGGCCUGUAUGAACGUUUCAUCUAUUGAUAUCGUGAAUCGAUGGAUUUGAGUGAAGGAUUUCAGCCCUGGAGCAGCAACAACACUGCAUUAACACCUCAGCCCCCAGUACAUACCUGCGGGCUGUUGUAAUUUCAGACUCAGAAAAAAGUGAGAAUCUUUUUUCCUGAUUUUGGUGUUAUGGUUACAGUUUGCAUUUUAAAUGCAAAGAAAAAGAGAUCUUUUGAAGUUGAAAAUGUACUUAGGCUUACUAGACCAGCGUCAAAGAAGAAAUUCUCAGCAAGUCUGAAGAGCCAAAGCAUGUUCAUUUACGAGCAGUUUAACGCCUCCUUUGCCACCGCAAGGAGGCUGCCUGAAUUACUACUCGAUGGAUCUCCCAGAAAUCAAGUAAAAAUAUCAAAAUUUA